GAUACCUUAACAGCAUGUUCAAUUCCCCAUUCACAUGACAAAAUGCAUUGCAUCAUCAAAGAGGCCAAUAUCAAGCUUAUAAACACAGCAUGGAAGUUUCUAUAUAAUGUUCAGAAGAGGAUCAAAAUAUGAUGCAUUCCACACAUAUCUGAGUUUUAAUCCCCUUAGUGUUGUGUUGAGAUGGCACAGCUGGCAGGUGCGGAUGAGAUAGAGUCUCUGAGAAAUGAGUUAGCAGAGAUAGGAAGGAGCAUAAGGUCCUCAUUUAGAAGUCAUGCCUCUAGUUUCCAGAGCGUUUCAAGCAUCAAUCCUGUGCAACAAGAAGUUGAUAACAACGCCGGAGAAGCGUUACAAUGGGCUGAAAUUCAGAGGCUACCCACCUUUGAGAGAAUUACUUCAGCUUUGUUUGAUGUUUAUGAUGGCAUGGAAACAGGUGAGAAAGUUGAAGGGAAACAGGUUGUUGAUGUCAGCAAGCUUGGAGCUCAAGAACGGCACAUGUUCAUAGAGAAGCUUAUUAAACACAUUGAGAAUGAUAAUCUUCGAUUGCUGCAGAAAUUCAGGAACAGAAUUGACAAAGUUGGUAUUAAUUUGCCCACAGUGGAACUGAGGUACCAAAACCUGUGUGUGGAAGCUGAGUGUAAGAUAGUCCAAGGCAAGCCCAUACCUACACUGUGGAAUACCCUAAAAGAAUGGAUCUUUGACACCACUAAAUUGCCAGUUCUGAAAUCUCAAAAUUCCAAGAUAAGCAUCAUCAAAAGUGCCAAUGGAAUUAUUAAGCCUGGAAGGAUGACCUUACUGCUUGGCCCACCGGCAAGUGGUAAAACAACAUUAUUGUUGGCGUUGGCAGGAAAACUUGGCCAUUCUCUCAAGGUUCAAGGGGAAAUUUCUUACAAUGGACACAUGCUAGAAGAAUUCAUUCCUCAGAAGUCCUCAGCAUAUGUAAGCCAAUAUGAUCUGCAUAUUCCAGAGAUGACUGUGAGGGAAACACUUGAUUUCUCAGCACGUUGUCAAGGCGUAGGAAGCCGAUCCAAACUCCUGAUGGAAGUCAGUAGAAAGGAGAAAGAGGGAGGAAUAGUCCCAGACCCAGAUUUAGAUGCAUAUAUGAAGGCAACAUCAAUUAACGGACUCAAGAGCAGCCUUCAGACCGACUAUAUUUUAAAGAUACUUGGUCUUGAUAUAUGUGCUGACACAUUGGUUGGAGAUCCUAUAAGAAGAGGUAUAUCUGGUGGUCAAAAGAAAAGGUUAACUACAGGAGAGAUGAUUGUUGGACCAACAAAAGCACUCUUUAUGGAUGAAAUAUCCAAUGGUUUAGACAGCUCCACUACUUUCCAGAUUAUCUCUUGUCUUCAGCAUCUGGUGCAUAUCACAGAUGCCACGGCAUUAAUUUCACUCCUUCAGCCAGCACCAGAGACCUUUGAUCUCUUUGAUGAUGUUAUUUUGAUGGCUGAAGGGAAAAUUGUGUACCACGGACCGUGUGAUUAUAUACUUGAGUUCUUUGAGGACAGUGGGUUUAAAUGCCCACAAAGAAAAGGCACUGCUGACUUUCUUCAAGAAGUUAUCUCUAAGAAAGAUCAAGCAAAGUAUUGGAAUAGCACAGAAAAACCUUACAGUUAUGUUUCAAUUGACCAGUUCAUUGAGAAAUUUAAGGAUUGCCCUUUUGGUCUAAAGCUGAAGGAGGAGCUCUCGAAGCCAUUUGAUAAGUCUCAGAGCCACAAGAAUGCCCUUGUAUUUAAAAAAUACUCAUUAACAAAAUGGGAAUUAUUUAACGCUUGCAUGAUGAGGGAAAUUCUUCUAAUGAAAAAAAACUCUUUUGUUUAUGUAUUCAAGUCAACACAGCUUGUCAUUGUUGCAUUUGUAGCAAUGACUGUUUUCAUUCGAACACGAAUGACUGUUGAUGUGCUCCAUGGGAAUUAUUUUAUGGGUUCAUUGUUUUAUUCACUCAUCAUACUUCUCGUUGAUGGAUUUCCAGAACUAUCUAUGACUGUAUCAAGACUUGCAGUGAUUUACAAGCAAAAAGAGUUGUGUUUUUUUCCUGCCUGGGCUUAUACAAUUCCAUCUGCUGUUUUAAAGAUUCCUCUUUCAUUGUUGGAAUCUUUCAUUUGGACAACACUUUCUUAUUAUGUCAUUGGUUACAGCCCCGAGAUUGGCAGGUUCUUUCGCCAGUUCCUUCUCUUAUUUAUCAUACAUGUGACUUCGGUAUCCAUGUUUCGAUUCAUUGCCUCAGUUUGCCAAACUGUGGUUGCUUCUGUGACAGCUGGUACUGUGACCAUACUAGUUGUUUUACUAUUUGGUGGCUUCAUCAUUCCAAAACCAUAUAUGCCAUCUUGGUUGCAGUGGGGAUUUUGGGUUUCUCCUUUGACAUAUGGAGAGAUAGGCUUAACUGUGAAUGAAUUUCUUGCUCCUAGGUGGGAAAAGAUGUCUGGAAACAGAACAUUGGGCCAGCAAGUACUUGAAAGUCGGGGACUAAACUUUGACGGCUACUUUUAUUGGAUAUCAAUUGCUGCCUUAAUUGGGUUCACAGUGCUGUUUAAUGUAGGUUUUACCUUGAUGUUGACUUUCUUGAAUUCUCCUGCAAGAUCUCGAACUCUUAUAUCUUCUGAGAAGCACUCAGAAUUACAAGGACAACAAGAAAGUUAUGGUAGCGUUGGUGCUGACAAGAAACAUGUUGGUUCUAUGGUUGGAAGUACUGUACAAACCAGAAAAGGAGGACUGGUUCUACCAUUCCAGCCACUAGCAGUAGCAUUUCAUGAUGUCCAGUACUAUGUUGAUUCCCCUUUGGAAAUGAGAAAUAGAGGUUUUACUGAGAAAAGACUUCAGCUUCUUUCUGAUAUCACAGGUUCACUCAGACCUGGCAUCCUAACAGCAUUGAUGGGAGUCAGUGGAGCAGGGAAAACAACUUUGAUGGAUGUCCUGUGUGGAAGAAAAACUGGUGGUAUUAUAGAAGGAGAGAUUAGAAUCGGCGGCUACCCGAAGGUUCAGGAAACAUUUGCUAGAGUAUCAGGUUACUGUGAACAAAAUGACAUACAUUCUCCAAAUAUAACAGUAGAAGAAUCUGUGAUGUUUUCUGCUUGGCUUCGGCUUCCUUCUCAAAUUGAUGCAAAAACUAAAGCUGAAUUUGUAAAUGAAGUCAUUCAUACUAUUGAGCUUGAUGGAAUCAAAGAUUCUUUAGUAGGCAUGCCGAAUAUUAGUGGUUUAUCGACUGAACAAAGAAAACGGCUGACCAUAGCCGUUGAGCUUGUUGCUAAUCCUUCAAUCAUAUUUAUGGAUGAACCGACUACAGGUCUAGAUGCAAGGGCAGCUGCAGUUGUAAUGAGAGCAGUGAAGAAUGUUGUUGGAACUGGAAGAACUGUUGCAUGCACCAUUCACCAGCCAAGUAUUGAUAUAUUUGAGGCAUUUGAUGAGCUUAUUCUCAUGAAAGCUGGAGGUCGCUUAACCUACGCUGGCCCACUUGGGAAGCACUCAAGUAGGGUCAUUGAAUACUUUGAGAGUAUACCAGGAGUGCCAAAGAUUAAAGACAACUAUAAUCCAUCAACAUGGAUGCUAGAAGUUACUUCAAGAUCUGCAGAAGCUGAACUCGGAAUAGACUUCGCCCAAAUUUAUAGGGAGUCAACCUUAUAUGAACAGAACAAAGAGUUAGUUGAGCAAUUAAGCUCACCACCUCCAAACUCCAGAGAUUUAUAUUUUCCAUCUCAUUUUCCACAAAAUGGUUGGGAACAGUUUAAAGCAUGCUUGUGGAAACAACAUUUGUCCUAUUGGAGAAGUCCUUCAUACAACUUGAUGCGCAUCAUUUUUGUGGCUGUCUCAUCUCUUCUGUUUGGGAUACUGUUCUGGAAGCAAGGAAAGAAAAUAAAUAGCCAACAAGAUGUGUUCAAUGUAUUUGGUGCAAUGUACUCUGCUGCACUAUUCUUUGGGAUAAAUAACUGCUCAACAGUUUUACCAUAUGUGGCAACAGAGCGCACUGUUCUGUACCGUGAAAGAUUUGCUGGAAUGUACUCUCCCUGGGCCUAUUCUUUUGCACAGGUGCUAAUUGAGGUUCCCUAUAUAUUCAUUCAAGCUGUUGUAUAUGUGAUAAUCACAUAUCCUAUGUUGAGCUAUGAUUGGUCUGCUUAUAAAAUAUUUUGGUCAUUCUUCAGCAUGUUCUGCAAUAUCUUAUAUUAUAACUACCUAGGGAUGCUCAUUGUCUCAUUGACGCCAAAUGUUCAAUUGGCUGCUAUCGUGGCUUCAUCUUCCUACACGAUGCUUAACUUAUUUUCUGGGUACUUUGUACCACGACUACGAAUUCCCAAGUGGUGGAUUUGGAUGUAUUAUUUAUGCCCCAUGUCUUGGGCACUGAAUGGGAUGCUUACUUCCCAAUACGGAGAUGUAAACAAAGAAAUUUCAGCCUUUGAAGAAAAGAAAACAAUUGCCAAAUUUUUGGAGGAUUAUUAUGGGUUUCACCAUGAUUUUCUUGGUGUAGUUGGUGUUGUUCUCAUUGUCAUCCCCAUUGUAAUUGCCAUUCUAUUUGCUUAUUGCAUUGGAAACCUCAAUUUCCAGAAGAGGUAAAAUGAUGUAACUUGCAAAGGUAUCAUUGUGAAUCAUUCGAUGAAAUAAAACAAUUUCUUGUAAA